GCAUGCUGGCAUGGCCCCCCUUUCUGUUUUAAGGGUUGAGACAAAGGACAGCAGCCACCACUAUCUUCCCAAAUUAGGAAACUAAACCCCCUUCAUCAUCUUUGGCCGCCUUCUCUGUGUUCCUUCCCGGGCUUUCUCUGGAAAUCUCUAGCCAAUACUCAUGGAAGGCUCAGUGAAUGAACGCCUUGAUUUCGGGAAGAUGGGUUACGGGUGCAAGCAUUAUAGAAGGAGAUGCAAGAUUCGAGCUCCCUGCUGCAACGAGAUCUAUCCAUGUCGCCAUUGUCACAACGAGGCCACGAGCAUGAUGAACAACUUCUGUGAUCGGCAUGAACUCGUUCGUUACGAUGUUAAACAAGUUGUUUGUUCAGUAUGUGACACAGAGCAGCCGCUUGCUCAAGUUUGUACAAACUGCGGCGUCCGUAUGGGGGAAUAUUUUUGUGAAGUUUGCAAAUUCUAUGAUGACGAUAGUGACAAAAAGCAGUUUCAUUGCGCUGAUUGUGGGAUCUGCAGAGUUGGUGGUCGUGAGAACUUCUUUCAUUGCAACAAGUGUGGGUCUUGCUAUUCAGUUGGUCUGCGUGAUAACCAUUUGUGUGUGGAGAACUCCAUGCGGAACCACUGUCCAAUAUGCUAUGAGUAUCUUUUUGACUCACUUAAAGACACAAUUGUAAUGAAAUGUGGACACACAAUGCAUUGCGAAUGUUAUGAAGAGAUGAUAAAGCGUGACAAAUACUGCUGUCCCAUAUGCUCGAAGUCAAUAAUUGACAUGUCUCGAACCUGGAAGAGAAUAGAUGAGGAGAUAGCAGUUACCGUCAUGCCUGAGGAUUACCGGAACAAGAAGGUGUGGAUACUGUGUAAUGAUUGCAAUGAUACUACUGAAGUUUACUUCCACAUAAUUGGGCAGAAAUGCAGCCAUUGCAAGUCAUAUAAUACCCGCACAAUUGCCCCUCCAGUUCUUCCUCAAUGAUUUAGAGUAUUGUUACAGACUAUCAACAACCGUGUCAACUAGUGAUGCGAUAUCUGACGAGGAGCUGUCUGGUUUUGGCAUCGAGUGUAAUAUGAUAACCUUUGUUGUUGUCAAUGUGGUAAACUAUGGAACCUUUUACAUGGCUUACAAGCAGUAGUCGCUGUCCCACAUUGUGUGUGAGGUACAGUGAUGAUCUAUUGAUAUCUCACUUUUUGUAUCUUAUUUUUUUGGAAUAAUUGUUGGAUAUAAAUGUGGUUUUUAGCAUUA